AUGACUAUCGCCAAGGAGAAGCCUCAACUUGCAUCAGGAGCUGAGGAAAAGAAGCUCCCUGUCGAAUUGGUGUCGAAUGCUGGAUUUCAUGUUCCUGACAAUAACGCCUUUGCUAUACUUUUCAGGGACUAUGAAGCCAAUUCGGAGAGGAAAGACGCCGUCGAAGAGUUCUAUUGGAAGCAGCACAUUAAUCAAACAGUUGAAUUUGUAAAGAAGAUGAGGGAGGAGUAUGGCAAGUUGAACAAAGCAGAGAUGAGUGUUUGGGAAUGCUGUGAGCUACUUAAUGAGUUCGUGGAUGAAAGCGAUCCCGAUCUCGAUGAACCUCAGAUCGAGCAUUUGCUCCAGACUGCUGAAGCUAUUAGGAAGGAUUAUCCUAAUGAAGAUUGGUUGCACCUGACUGGCCUCAUACAUGAUCUGGGAAAGGUCCUUCUUCAUCCUAGCUUUGGACAGCUUCCUCAAUGGGCCGUUGUUGGUGACACAUUCCCUGUGGGCUGUGCUUUUGACAAAUCUAACGUUCAUCACAAGUUCUUCCAAGAGAAUCCUGACAAUGACAAUCCUAAGUACAACACCAAGCACGGAAUCUAUUCCGAAGGAUGUGGACUUGAUAAUGUUUUGAUGUCAUGGGGGCAUGAUGAUUAUAUGUACAUGGUGGCCAAGGAAAACAAGACCACUCUGCCUUCAGCCGCAUUGUUUAUUAUCAGAUACCAUUCAUUCUAUCCGCUGCACAGGGAAGAGGCCUAUAAGCACUUAAUGAAUGAAGAGGAUGAAGAAAAUCUGAAAUGGCUGAGAAUAUUCAACAAAUAUGACCUCUACAGCAAGAGCAAAGUUAGAAUUGAUGUUGAGAAAGUGAAGCCAUACUAUCUAUCCCUCAUCCAAAAGUACUUCCCGGCCAAUCUGAGAUGGUGAAGCCCAAAAUCCUACUCUAUUUGGUGGAUAAUAUAUUUUUUAUUAUUAUGUCCCAAGGAAGUUGACGCAAGAAGAAGCAAUCUGUUUGAAAGACAAAAUAAUAUGUUUCUUUUCUUUGCCUCCUCUGUUUGAGAGUGAGAAAGCGGGACAAAGACAACAUGUCUCCG